UUACUCACAAAAACGAGACCAAUAUGAACCAAAAUCUACACUCGCUGACUAAACUCACCGAGUUUGCUAGAGAUUUUGAAGAGCAGCCCGACACCCUGCUUAGUCGUUUUGUUAAUAAAAUACAUCAUGCAUACAAUCAAAGUUAUAAUACCGUUAAUGAUAUAUCGAGUUAUAAUCAACAACAAGUUUCAAGUGUUAUCAGCAAAUCUGUAUUCUACGAUGAUUCGAAACGGGCUAAUAAUAGUCAAUCUACUUUUCAAGAUAACCUUACCAGUGGCAGUAAUUUACCUGGAAAUUUCUCAGAAUCUCCCAUCAUUGUUAACGAGACCAGUUCGUCUACGAACGAAAAUUCUAUUUCAGGAGAAAAAGUUGAUUCGUUGCCAUUGGAACAUAGCGAAGGUCGUAGUACGGUUAAUGUCUUAAUACGUUUGAGAAAUUUGGUAGCUUCUAAAAACAAUGAUUUGCGUAAUUAUAAAGACACGGACUUGCAUCGUUUCUGGAUGCCAGAUUCUAAAGCUAAGGAAUGUUAUGAUUGCGCACAAAAGUUUUCAACAUUUCGACGUAAGCAUCAUUGUCGUUUAUGCGGGCAAAUUUUCUGUUCCAAAUGUUGCAAUCAAGUAGUGUCUGGAAAAAUUAUCAAAUGCUCUGGUGACUUGAAGGUUUGCAACUAUUGCUCUAAAAUUGUCCUCAGUUAUUUGCGUUCGCCUAAUAUAACCAAAGAUCUGAAUUCCGAUCUUCAAGCAUUACAACAGAACUUAAGCAGCAGACUGGAGACUAAAGAUGAAAACGAGUCCUCCCCAAAUUUAUCAUCACCCCGAUCGCCUACACAGCGCAAAAUAUCAGUUGGGUAUCAAGAAGAACGUUUUGCUAUACAUCAGCCUCAUAUAACAAUGGACGAUCGUAAGAAUAUCUUACAACAAUCCAGCUCCUUAAUAGCCCUAUUAGAGGAAAUGCGUCAGGUUUUACCAGCUCAAAAUUGUGGACUAGAUCUCAUUGAAUAUCUGAACAUUAAACAAAAGACGUCAAAUAAAAUGCAGUCAUUAGCAAUAUUGAGCGCUAUGUUGGAAGCUGGUUUCAUUCAUCCAAUAGUGCACGAUUCAGAACAAACGGAAUUUGAUGAGAAUCUCCAUUACAGAUUUGCCACUGAAUUGCCGAGACAAACGAUCGAUACCAUCAACUUUAAUAGCGUUAAUCAGCAAACAGGUAGCGUAAGUCCGCAAUUCGAACAAUUCGGUAAUGAGCCUCAUCCUCCCAAUUUUCUGGAUACUGCACUCAAAUUUAAAAUACCGCGUGAUGUGGAUAUGGAUAACGCAAUGCAUUCAACAGCUUCGAAACUGUUAGAGUCUUACUGUGACCACGAGGAACAAUUGCUAACACAAAUGUUGCGUACUUUUCAAUUAGAUUUGCAGUGGAGCAAAAUCUUAAGUCCCUUAUGUUGCAGAGCAGCUAAUCAUUUUAAACCGGAAUACUGCACCAACGAACUAAUGGAUAUACGGAAUUUUGUAAAUUUCAAAAAGAUACCGGGAGGCAAACGUUUAGAGAGUUCAAUUGUAGGUGGCGUGGUACUUUCCAAAAAUGUCGCCCACAAAGAUAUGACUACAAGUGUAGAACAACCUCGUAUACUCCUUUUGCAAUGCCCCAUUGUUUACGAGCGUAUUGAGGGCAAGUUUGUUAGCAUAUCUACGGUUUUGCUGCAAGAGAAAGAGUAUUUGCGCCAUGUUUGCGCACGCAUUAUGAGCUUUAAGCCGAAUGUGGUAUUAGUGCAUAAAAAUGUAGCGGGCGUUGCCCAAGAUAUGCUAAGAUCCCAUGGCAUUAUUUUAGUUUUAGAUGUGAAACUGUCCGUUAUGGAUCGUUUAGCCCGCACCUUGCAAUGCGAUGUACUCACCAACAUUGAAGGUAAUAUUGCACAACCAAAAUUAGGUAUAUGCGAUAAGUUUUGUAUACGCACUUACAACGAUGGCAAUAAUGGUGCAAAGACCCUAAUGUUUUUCGAGAAGCUUGCCAAUCCACGCGGCUUUACUUGCCUGUUACGUGGGGGUGAUAACAAAGAAUUGGCUAAAGUGAAAAAAGUUGCCUCAUUCUUAGUAUACGCCCGAUACAAUUGGCGCUUGGAGAUGUCAUUUUUGUUAGAUGAAUACGCAGAAGCUCUAACCCCGAAACCACCAAUAUUCGAUUCGAAAGAAACAAGUCCGGCUGACGAAAAUGCUAAUAUAAACAAAAGUUCAGAAGAAGAAAAUGUAGCGCAAGCAUGUUCAACACCCUCAAAACGAGCUGUUAUAUUAGAGCGUAAAUCUGAAGAAAAAAUUUUUACAACUGUUACCGAUGUUUCGCAUGAUUUUAGUGAUCCGUUACGAUCGACCAAUAACAAGAAACGCGAUGAGCAAUCCCCAAAUCUGGAAUUAGAAGUGGAGCAUCGUUACGAUAAUCGGUUUCGUAGUGCGCUAAGUUCCACUAUUCUUUCAGUAAGCCCCUUUUUAAGUUUUCCUUUACCCUUUCUCGAGACAGAGCAAGGACGCAAGUGUCCCUUACGUUCACUGUUUCCUGCGGAAUUGUAUUAUUCAAAGCUAUGGUCAAAUUCAAGCACAAAUUUCAGUAUAAAUGCCCAUAAUCUGGAACAAUGCGAUAGCUCGGAGAUAAUACCAAUAAAUAGCGAAGAAAUUCAACUGAAUCCCCCUCAUUCGUUUCUGAAACUAAAAAUAACGGCUCCAGCUGAUAAUUGUGAGAUACAAACACUAUUAGCCGAAUUUCGAGCUUAUGGUGGACGUUAUCCCAAGAAACCGGAAUUUUUUAAAACGUUAGGAGAACGCCAAACAAAUAUAUAUUAUAAUCCGCAAAAAAUCCCCGAAGACGUUAUAUAUAAAGAUGUAUUCGAUAUAGAAAAUCAUCAGCGUCUGCCGGUACUAUUUUGCAGUUUCUUCUAUAAUCAAAAGGGAGCCUCGUCGUUUUGUGCACCGCCCACUUUACUCGAUAUGAAGUUCUACGGACAACAUGACAUAAUGUUAAGUCAAUUUUUGCAUCGCUAUUGUUUCCGUACAAGUUGUAACGUAUGCAAUUUACCUAUGAAGGGUCAUAUAAGACGUUAUGUCCAUUCAAUGGGUUGCAUUAAGGUUUUUCUCAGCGAAGAUAAUGCAAAAUCUGAUGCGAACAACAUAUAUUUUACAGCUUGGUGCAGUAAGUGUGCAGAAGUCACACCGACCGUACCUCUUACGGAGAGUUCCAAGUGCUUAUCCUUGGCCAAGUAUUUGGAAUUACGAUUUUAUGGGCAUGGCUACAAAAAGAGAUCGCUGGUAGAUGAAAAUCCUGCUUUGACUACUAAUUGUUCGCAUUCCUUGCAUCGGGACUACGUUCAUCAAUUUAGUUAUAGAGGUGCGGCAGCUAGAUUCCAGUACACCCCAAUAGAAACUUGGGAAAUAGCUUUACCCGUUUUAACUAUUUCUUUGCAUCCUCCUACCACAUUUAAACGUUUCGAAGUGUUGGAAGAAGUGAAGAAUUUCUCUGUGAAAGGUCAUGAGGUGUACACACGUAUUCAUGAACGAAUCGCAGACCUGGCAACCGAAGAUGAAAAUUCAAUUUUAGCUGCUAAUCUAAAGAUGACACUGAGCAAAGAUCAAUUCACAUUUAAGCAGCAUAUGGAGAUCAUACAAACGCUGUUGACAGAAAACAGAGUAAGUUGUUAUGACAUCACUGAUGCUUUGCUCAUGGCCAAAAGGGUUUUAGCGGAGAGUAUAGAGUGCUGGGAACCUCGUUUACAUGAAAUAGCGUUGGCUCAGAAGAAUGCUGCAAAACAAAGUCAUGAUUCGACCCAGCAUCAUGUGGAUGCUGGAACUAUAUGCACAGAGGAAUUGCUUUCUGAACAGUCGGAAAAUUCGCCUACAACAACUAUGCCACCAGACAUUCCGCAGGCAGCACAAUCGGAGGAAGCUACUGACAAUAAUACCCAUACAGAGACAAACGCUGCAUCAUCUGGUAACUUAGAAAAAAGUGGGGCAGAAAAUCAUUUCACAAUUCCUCAAAUAACGAAUUCCUCUGAUAAGAAGACUAUUAAAAAAAUGUUGAACCACCUUUUGCCAUCCACCGGUCCCGUUAACUUGUUGCAAUCGCCUUUUAACAUCCAGGAACAUUAUACAUUACCGUUAGGAGCUUUUCCCAUGAUUGUGCGUGAUUUGGAUUUAAGCUCAGUAAUUGCUUACAGCUUAACAUGUACGGAAUAUAAACGUUCAGUUAGCCUCUUAGGCUCUCAAAUGAAUAAUAUUCAGACCCAUGGGGACACUGCGUCAAUUUCUAGUGUUUGCAUUAACCCCAGCCCUCAUGUGAAACGUAAAUCCCAGGAAUGCUAUGAAAAUGAUGAAUGUAAUAAAGAGAAUAAUCCCAAUCCUAGCGGCGAAGAUGAGCGCACAAAAACGAAAUCGAAUUCUCAUAUUGAAAUUUCGUUUCAAGAUAAUAGCGUACAAUUUACGUGUAAGAUCUAUUUUGCUAAAGAGUUUGAUCAAAUGCGCGCUAAAACUUUAAAGGCCCCAAAACUGGACAAGUCAGUUUAUCGGGAAAUUGAACAAAGCAAGAAACGUGAAGAGCUUAAAAUAUCGCAAAGUAGAAAUGGUCCUGAAAUAGAACUGGUGCGCAAAGUUAACGAAACUAGUACAAGUAAUGAGGGAAGUGAUACCAAAUCUGAAGAAUAUCAUCAAAAAGAAGAGAAUACCAAAUCGAUCGAUAUUGUUGAAGAAAGUCGCAAUUAUUUUGCUCGUUCUUUAUGCAGCAGUGUGCAAUGGGAGGCUAAGGGAGGCAAAUCCGGUUCCAGAUUUUGCAAAACAUCAGAUGAUCGCUUUGUUUUAAAAGAGAUGUCGAAAAACGAUAUCAAUAUUUUUGAAAUAUUUGCACCGAAUUAUUUCGAUUACAUCAACAAAUGUCAGCAACAAAAUCAACCAACUCUAUUGGCCAAAAUAUUCGGAGUGUUUAAGGUUAUUGUUAAAAAGAAAGACUCGAGCGUGGAGAAAGCUUUAUUAGUUAUGGAAAACCUAUUCUACGAAUGUGAUAUUAAAAAUAAGUUUGACUUAAAAGGCUCUGAACGUAAUCGUUUAGUGGAUCCAAUGAAUCAACAAGAAGGCGAUAUUGUUUUACUGGAUGAAAAUUUAGUACAAAUGUCAUGGUCCAAGCCUUUGUAUGUACUAACGCAUAGUAAAGUCGUAUUAAAAGAUGCUAUCAAUCGUGAUGCUUGCUUUUUAGAAAAAAAUGAAGUUAUGGAUUACUCUCUACUGGUGGGCUUAGAUGAAAGAAAUGGUCUCUUAGUAUUAGGUAUAAUUGACUAUAUUCGUACUUAUACGUUCGAAAAGAGGGUUGAAUCGUUCGUUAAAAAGCAAACUGGCAUUUUAGGUGGCAUGAGCAAGUUGCCUACUAUUAUAGCUCCACAACAUUAUCGGCAGCGUUUUUAUGACGCAAUGGAUCGUUAUUUUCCUACUGUUCCAGAUCGCUGGGAGGGACUUUCCAAAAUUUGAUAUUUAAAUAAUUAUUAAAUGUUUUCAAAUAUCUGUUCUUUGUGCAAAAUAUUUCGCCAUUUACUAUAUGUAAAUAGAUUUGCGUUCCAAUUGUUUCUUCUUUGGUUGUAAAGUUCUUUCAAAAAAAAAGUUUUCCAUUGAGAAGUAGAAAUUUACUUCAUUUUGUUAUAAAAACACAUACGUUUCUUGUUAAGUGUUAAGAUAUUAGUAUGCAUUAUUUGUGUCCUUUCAAUUGCGCAUUUAUGGAGAUAUAUUUGGCAUACGACCUACUUUAAAUAUUAAACUUUCGCUGAAUUAAGAGGAAAACAUUGGUGUAACAUUGGUAUAACUCACCUGUACAAUUGUAUUUUUAAGGUUGAUAUAUUAUGAUGAUGCAAUUAAAAAAAAAAAGCAAUUGUUCAGUUUGCCUUACUAUUUGCGUUAAUGGCUUGGAUGAGUUUU